AUGUGGCGCAUGCGUGGUUGCGCCACCAGGCGCGGGAGAUACGGCAGCGGGGACGACGUCGGGGACAGCCGCGGGCCAGGCCGCCCCGGCCGGGUCCGUGACAGUGGCGACAGCGGUGGCCGCGUGGGCUGGCGAGGCCGUGCGGCCGGCGCCCGACAGCAGCUGGAGGAACGGUUCGCCGACCUGGCGGCGAGCCACCUGCAGGCCAUCCGCGCGCGGGAGGAACGGGACCGGCAGAACGCGCGGCUGCGCGAGGAGAACGCCAGGCUGCGGCUCGAGAACCGGCGGCUGAAGCGCGAAAACCGCAGCCUCUUCCGUCAGGCUUUGCGGCUCCCUGGCGAAGGCGGCGACGGGGCGCCCGCGGAGGCGACCCUAGGCCCCGAGGAGGCCGGCACGAACCGGAGGGCGAGAGGCGGCGGCCGUGAGGACGAGCCGGGCAGCCCCAGGGCCCUGAGGGCCCGGCUUGAGAAGCUGGAGGCCAUGUACCGCCGGGCUUUGCUGCAGCUGCACUUAGAGCAGCGGGGGCCGCGCCCGCGUUGGGACAAGGAGGAGCUGCCCCCGCGGGAACCCGACUCCGGCCUCCUCGCCCGGGACCCCGAGCCUGCCGGGCCCUGGCUGUAG